CCUUGCUGGUAUUUGACAAGCCACUUCAAAACAUACUCACAUGAGAUAUUACUAACAUCUCUCUCUCUCUCUUCAAAUCCUAUCCCCUCUCAGUCUUUGGCAACUACAAAAGCCCAUCUUCAUUUCAAGCUUCAUUAUCUUCUCUCCACCUCUGCCUUCCGGCCGAUCCCCGCCAUUCACUUCGCCGUCUCACAGAGUGCUAAUAAGAUGAGAGAAAUUCUGCACAUCCAAGCGGGGCAAUGCGGCAACCAAAUCGGUGGCAAAUUCUGGGAGGUUGUGUGCGAUGAACACGGCAUCGACACCAAGGGAAACUACACAGGCAACUCCCAUCUUCAGCUAGAAAGGGUGAACGUAUACUUCAACGAAGCAAGCUGUGGCCGCUAUGUCCCUAGAGCUGUGCUGAUGGAUCUUGAACCGGGAACCAUGGAUGCCUUGAGGACUGGACCUUAUGGCCACAUUUUCCGGCCAGACAACUUCGUCUUUGGACAAAAUGGAGCCGGUAACAAUUGGGCCAAGGGACACUACACUGAAGGAGCCGAGUUGAUCGACGCUGUUCUAGAUGUUGUUCGUAAAGAGACCGAGAACUGUGAUUGCCUACAAGGCUUCCAGGUUUGCCAUUCCCUCGGCGGUGGGACCGGAUCAGGGAUGGGAACGCUGCUUAUAUCGAAGAUCAGGGAAGAAUAUCCCGACCGGAUGAUGCUGACCUUCUCGGUCUUCCCUUCGCCCAAGGUCUCCGACACUGUGGUGGAGCCAUACAACGCUACCUUGUCUGUACACCAAUUGGUGGAGAACGCUGAUGAGUGCAUGGUUCUUGACAAUGAAGCUCUCUAUGACAUCUGCUUCCGGACUCUGAAGCUCACAAAUCCCAGCUUCGGCGAUCUGAACCACCUAAUCUCGACUACCAUGAGUGGAGUGACAUGCUGCCUCCGCUUCCCUGGUCAACUCAACUCGGAUCUCAGGAAAUUAGCAGUUAAUCUCAUCCCUUUCCCACGUCUCCACUUCUUCAUGGUUGGAUUCGCACCUCUGACGUCCCGGGGAUCCCAGCAAUACCGUGCCCUCACCAUUCCCGAGCUCACUCAACAAAUGUGGGAUGCGAAGAACAUGAUGUGCGCUGCCGACCCUCGCCACGGCCGGUAUCUCACUGCGUCAGCAAUGUUCAGAGGUAAGAUGAGCACAAAAGAGGUUGAUGAACAGAUGAUCAACGUCCAAAACAAGAACUCGUCCUACUUCGUCGAGUGGAUCCCGAACAAUGUGAAAUCAAGCGUUUGUGACAUCCCCCCAACUGGGUUGUCCAUGUCGUCAACCUUCAUGGGGAAUUCAACAUCGAUCCAGGAGAUGUUCCGACGUGUUUCUGAGCAGUUUACGGUCAUGUUCCGUAGGAAGGCUUUCUUGCAUUGGUACACCGGCGAGGGAAUGGACGAGAUGGAGUUCACGGAGGCGGAGAGUAACAUGAACGAUUUAGUGUCAGAGUACCAGCAAUACCAAGAGGCGGUUGUGGACGAGGAAGAAGAGUAUGACGAAGAGGAGGUGGAGAAUUAGAUGGUGAAUUUCCGGUACCGGAAAAAAGAAACGUAUUAAUUAAUGAUUUGAUUUGUGUUUGUUAAAUUGUUAUGGUGGGAAAAAUAAGGCACUUGAGCUGAUGAUUCUCUUCUUGGGCUACUACUCUCUGUUAUUGUUAGUUGAGAUUGUGUAUGAGUCUUUUAGACUCUAUACUUGAGAAUUAUAUCUGUAAAUAAGUUGGAUAAAAAAAAAAGGAAAAAAAAUGUUGUUAUUUGGGAUUUCCCUUUAUGCACUUUA